GGGACCUGGGCGCGCCGCCAGGUUUCUUCCUCUUCCUGUGCUGGUUAGCGAUGGCGGCCGUGAAGACCCUGAACCCCAAGGCCGAGGUGGCUCGAGCCCAGGCGGCGCUGGCGGUGAACAUCAGCGCGGCCCGGGGCCUGCAGGAUGUGCUGAGGACCAACUUGGGGCCUAAAGGCACCAUGAAGAUGCUCGUUUCGGGAGCUGGAGACAUCAAGCUCACUAAAGACGGCAAUGUGCUGCUUCAUGAAAUGCAAAUUCAGCACCCAACAGCCUCCUUAAUAGCCAAAGUAGCAACAGCCCAAGAUGACAUAACUGGUGAUGGUACCACUUCCAAUGUCCUAAUCAUUGGCGAGCUACUGAAGCAGGCGGAUCUCUACAUUUCUGAAGGUCUUCAUCCCAGAAUAAUAACAGAAGGAUUUGAAGCUGCAAAGGAAAAGGCACUUCAGUUUUUGGAACAAGUCAAAGUAAGCAAAGAAAUGGACAGGGAAACACUUAUAGAUGUGGCCAAAACAUCUCUGCGUACUAAAGUGCAUGCUGAACUUGCUGAUGUCUUAACAGAGGCUGUGGUGGACGCCAUUUUGGCCAUUAAAAAACAAGAUGAACCUAUCGACCUCUUCAUGGUUGAAAUCAUGGAGAUGAAACAUAAAUCUGAAACUGAUACAAGCUUAAUCAGAGGUCUUGUUUUGGACCAUGGGGCACGGCAUCCUGAUAUGAAAAAAAGAGUAGAAGAUGCAUACAUCCUCACGUGCAAUGUGUCAUUAGAAUAUGAAAAAACAGAAGUGAAUUCUGGCUUUUUUUACAAGAGUGCGGAAGAGAGAGAGAAGCUUGUAAAGGCUGAAAGAAAAUUCAUUGAAGAUAGAGUUAAAAAAAUAAUAGAAUUGAAAAAGAAAGUUUGUGGUGAUUCAGAUAAAGGAUUCGUUGUUAUUAAUCAAAAGGGAAUUGACCCCUUUUCCUUAGAUGCUCUUGCAAAAGAAGGUAUAGUAGCUCUGCGUAGAGCUAAAAGGAGAAAUAUGGAAAGGCUGACUCUUGCUUGUGGUGGAGUGGCUCUAAAUUCCUUUGAUGACCUAAGUCCUGAUUGUUUGGGACAUGCAGGACUUGUCUAUGAAUAUACAUUGGGAGAAGAGAAGUUCACUUUUAUUGAGAAAUGUAACAAUCCUCGCUCUGUCACAUUAUUGAUCAAAGGACCAAAUAAGCACACACUCACACAAAUCAAAGAUGCAAUAAGAGAUGGCUUGAGGGCUGUUAAAAAUGCUCUUGAUGAUGGCUGUGUAGUUCCAGGAGCAGGUGCAGUGGAAGUGGCAAUGGCAGAAGCCUUGAUUAAGUACAAGCCCAGUGUAAAGGGCAGGGCCCAGCUGGGAGUUCAAGCAUUUGCUGAUGCAUUGCUCAUUAUUCCCAAGGUACUUGCUCAGAAUUCUGGUUUUGACCUUCAGGAAACACUAGUUAAAGUUCAAGCAGAACAUUCAGAAUCAGGUCAACUUGUCGGUGUGGACCUGAACACAGGUGAGCCAAUGGUAGCAGCAGAAGUAGGCAUAUGGGAUAACUACUGUGUAAAGAAACAGCUGCUUCACUCCUGCACUGUGAUUGCCACCAACAUUCUCCUGGUUGAUGAGAUCAUGCGAGCUGGAAUGUCUUCUCUAAAAGGUUGAAUUUGAAGCUUGCUUCAUGUCAUCCGAAUCAUGAAGACUAUAGAGUGAUCCUGAGAAUAUAGCAACAGAAUUUUUGUCCAAGCUUCAAAUAAUUUUCAAAAGCAUUUUCUUUUCCCAUAUGAAAAAAGAGAACACUGACACUUAAAUUCUGAAGUUCUGAAAUUAGAGUAUUUUUUUAAAUUGCACUGCAGUGUACACCCAUCAAGCAGGCCGUUUUUACCCAAUGAGAAGGAUGUUUGCUUUAGCUUCAGUGAUACAAAAGUCCCAUGUUAGUUAAGUAUAUGUUAUCUACCUUGUUAUUAAAUGUAACUUGAA